UUUUCUUUUUCGAUUAUGCGUAAACAUUUAGUAUUAUUUGUGACAAUUUAAAUACCCAUACAGGGUGAAUAAAUUAUUUAAAACACAAUUAAAAAUUGUAAAUCCUAUCUCCUUGUUAAAAAAACGACUCUUUUUUUCAAAUUUCGGUUUAUUAACUCCGUUUUAUAAAUGUUACAUUCAUAAUCGAAAUUUUUUUUUAAAAAGCACGUUUUAUCUUUUAUUUUAUUUUUUUUUUUUUCAUCAAAAAAAUUUCAAAAAACUUUCCUUAGACAUAAACAUGAGUUCAAUCCAUAGCAUUCAUAGUGAACAUUCAGAUUUAAAUGAUGAUAAUUCAAUUAUUUUAGAAACUAGAUUAUCGGAUAUACAAAUUAGAGAAUAUGAUGAGACUCUCAAGUUAUUGGCAGAUGACCAUAGUUUAGCAUAUAAUUAUGCAUUAGAAGAAACUAUUCGUUUAAUGGAUAAUUUGGUUGGUUGUCCUAAAGAGGAUAUUGAAGAUAAGAUAGUGGUGAACUUUGCUUUUAAAGCAGCAGGACAUCUUUCAAAUUAUGAAUGGAUUUGUUAUGAUAAUUCAACUAUAGCGCAACUAGAAUUUUUUCUUCACGCCAUGUCUUCAGUGUUGCAUAUACUUUCCAAAUCUAUUAAAAUGAUAGAUUCAAAGACUCGUGCUACUUUUUAUAAAUCAAUUUCAAAAUUUUGGGCAAUUUAUAGGAAUACGAAAAUAAUUAACUCAAAUAUCAUAUUCAGUCUUCGUGAAAUUAGAAAUUGUUUACGAAAGAUUAAAGAUGACAAAUCUAAUGCUGAUUUAGCAUUCAAGAUAGGCGGUAAUUUUUUUGAUGUUGUCGUUAGCGUUGCUCAAAAAGAAUAUUUGGCCGCUUUUGGUUCCUUUAUUAAAGUUUUAGAUUUCGAAUAUCCUGCUGGGGAAUGGUAUUACGAUUGGAUAGAUAGACGUGAAAAAUUUUUUUUAUUAUGUUCACAAAAUAUUUCCGAAUCAAGAUCCAUUAGAAAGUUUUAUAGAAAUUUAAUGAAAUUAUCAAAGAAAGAAUUCGUAAGAGUGAAAAGAAAGAAUACUAAGUAUCGAAAAUUUGAAUACAAAAUGCUAAAAUCUGGAGGCUUAAUAGGAGGAUAUUCUUUACCUGAUAAUAUUGAAACUCUUUUAUUUGGAUACUUACAAUUAAUUCAAAAACUUUUCGAAAAAUUCCCUCUUCAAUUAAAUAAAUAUCUUAAAGAUUUAAUUUCAUUCUGUAAUGAAAUAGUUGAAACUCAUGUGAAAAAACAAUUAACAUUUAAAGCUAUAGAAAUUUUAUAUUUUAUAAAAGAAAGUACUGAAAACGUAGAAAUCAAAAACGAGAUUGAAUUAAGUUUCGAAACAUGGUCCAGUUAUCAUGUUCCUCCACCAACUCCUCCUGUACGAUCUUUAUCCGCUCCUCCUUCUUUUCAUUAUGCUUCUUCACAAAAUAAACCUAAUGACAUCAUUACUUCUUCGCCUAAUGGAGAACCUUUUCAAUAUAACAUGCCUCCUGAUACUCCUGUUUCGGCAUAUACUUCAUUUUCUUCCCCACCACAAUCUAUUUAUAAUCCUGCCUCAAAUACUCCAACUCGUACUUUAACUCCUUUAUCUCAAGAGGAAAAGAUUUCUUUAUCCAAAGAGGAAAAAACUCCUUUAUCCCAAGAGGAAAAAUCAAAAAAACGUCGUAGAAUAAGCGUUCGAGAAAUUCCAACAAAAGUAACGAGAUCUUUAUCAAGUUUAAAACAACAAUGUACACGUAAACGUAUAAUCGAUGACGUAAAAAGAUUGUUUGCAGAAAGACUUAAGAUUAAAAAAGAUAUUGAGCAUACUAAGAAACAUUAUAACGAAUUACUAGUGAAUACUAAAGAUGAAGAUAAAGCUAUUGAUAAAAAUUCUGAUAAUUUUUCAGAUUCAAUUUUGGCAAAAUUGAAUGAAAUUUUAGAGGAAAAAAGAAAAGAAGCAUCAUCACCUUCAUUACCACAAAUUCCAUUCGUUUCUGAACCUGAACCAAUUAUUUAUAAUAAUUACGAGAUCAAGAAUAUAUAUAAUACUCCAGAAACUCGCGAAAUUAUUAUAUAUAAAUAUAUAGAAAGUGAUAAUAACGCGAAAAUCACUAAUAAGGAUGUAAAUAAUUUUGAAAUAAAAGAAGAAAGUAAAAAAAUUGAAGAGAGUUGUGACAAAAAUACUCGUGAAAUUAAUGUACAUAAAGAAAACGAUAAUAACGAGGAAGUCAUUAAUAAGAAUAUAAACAAACCUAAAGACGAUGUAGAAUCUUCUGCUGAAACAGUUUUGACUAAAGAAAUUAGUGAAGUUGAAAUGAAUCCCGAUAAGAGUGUAGACAAUACUAAAGAGGAAGAAGACGAAGUAAAACCUUUUGAAACAAUUUUGACUAGAGAAAUUAAUGAAAAUGAAAUGAAUCCUCAUUUAAAAGAAGUGAAAAGCGAUAAUCUAGAAAUUGAAGAGAACGAGAAAAAGGAAAGCAAUGAAAAUAAUGUUGAUAUUCAGAGUAUAAAUCCUUCCGAGUCUCAUUCAGAAGAAGAAGAACUCAAGAAAGAUAAUAAUAUAGAUGUUGAGGAAAACGAGAAAGAGGAAAAUGAUGAAAACCAUGUUGUUGUUGAGAAUAUAAAUUCAUCCGAGUCUCAUUCAGAAGAGGAAGAACCUAAGAAAGAUAAUAAUAUAGAUGUUGAGGAGAAUAAGAAAGAGAAAAAUGAUGAAAAUAAUGUUGUUGUUGAGAAUAUAAAUUCGUCCGAGUCUCAUUCAGAAGAACAACAACUUAAGAAAGACGAAAUUAAUAUGAAUGUUGAAGAGAAUGAGAAAGAAGAAUGUAGAAAAUGUGAUGAUGGGGACAGUGUACAUAGUGUUAGUGAGAAAGUAAUCCUUCCUGAAAUAAUUUUAACUCAUUCAGAAGAUUCAGUAGUGAAGGAAAGCAAUAAUCCGAACAUAGAAAAUAUUGUUACAGUAAAUCAAGUAAAUCAAGUAAAUCAAAUAAAUCAAAUAAAUCAAAUAAAUCAAUAUAAUAUUAUCCAAAAUGUCCAAAAUGUAAAUAAUGUGCAACAACCGCAACAACCAGAUGAUUAUGAAGGUUCAGUAUUCUUAAAAACCGUUAGGAAAAUAGUUAAGGAAGUUGAAAAUAUUGUUGAUAAAGCCGCUAAAGCUCACAGGGAGGCUGUUUUAAGAUCUAGUUUAUAUGAUAAUAAUUCUAGUUUAUCCGUUAAUGAAAUAAAGGAAGAUGAAGAAAUAAUUGAAGAAAUAGUUGAAAAAGAAGAAAUAAUUGAAAAAAUGGUUGAAAAAGAAGAAAUAAUUGAAAAAAUGGUUGAAAAAGAAAAAGAAGAAAUAAUUGAAAAAACAAUUGAAAAGGAAGAAGUUGCACUUCAAAUCUAAGAAAAAAUCUAAGAAAAAAUUUUUUUUUUCUAAGUAAAUUUAAGAUAAUUUUAUGUAGUUUAAUAACCAUCAAAAAAAAAAAAAAAAUUCAUCAUGUAGUGUUCAAUAUAACUAUUUAAUUUCUUUUAAUUUCUUUUAUGUAAUUUAUUCUCAGAUCAUAUAUAAUAU